CUGACCCAAAGUGUAAAUGCCAUAUACUGUGUUUUACCGUUGAAGUGUUAUCCCGAUGUAAAAGUAUAACAGUUGGAUGAAGGUGCGAAUUAGGACAUCCGUAGAUGGUUUUGUUCUAUUUUUUUGUGAAUAGCUGAAGCCGGCAAAGUGUUGGGCGUAAAGUUAGAAAUGAAGACGGAGCACCGCACAUGCUGCGCGUGCGGCGAGCCAAUUGCGGACCGCUUCCUGCUAGAGGUGGGGGGCGGCGCGUGGCACACUGGCUGUCUGCGCUGCUGCGUCUGCGCAGUCCAGCUCGACAGGCACCCCUCCUGCUUCCUGAGGGAUCGCCAGGUCUAUUGCAAGCAGGAUUACGCCAAGAGUUUCGGUGCGAAAUGCUCGAAGUGCUGCCGGGGGAUCUCAUCUUCGGACUGGGUGCGGAAGGCCAGGGAGCAGGUGUACCACCUGGCCUGCUUCGCGUGUGACGCCUGUGGGAGACAGCUAUCCACUGGCGAACAGUUCGCCCUCCAUGAAGACAGGGUGCUCUGCAAGCCACAUUACUUGGAGACGUUAGACGGCGGGUCUAUAUCUUCUGAUGAUGGCUGUGAUUCAGAGGGAUACCACAAGAGCAAAGCGAAACGCGUCCGAACAACCUUCACGGAAGAACAGCUGCAGGUCCUACAGGCGAACUUUCAGCUGGAUUCGAAUCCCGACGGGCAAGACCUGGAGAGGAUUGCCCAGGUCACAGGCCUGAGCAAACGGGUCACCCAGGUGUGGUUCCAGAACAGCCGGGCGAGGCAGAAGAAGCACCAGCACACGGGCAAGGGGAAACAAAGUCAACUGCUGUCUCGCGAGGCCGACCCAUCGGGGUUUGGGCGCCCUAUCAAUCUACAUCUCACGUACUCUUUCCAGAACAAGCCUCCUUUUGUCCCAAUAGAUGGAACUUCUUUCACCGAUUCCUCGAUGGAUGAGCUGUCUGAAGACUCUUCCAUCCACUGCAUGCAGAGCGAAGUGUAACGACAAGACGGAAUCUUUCAGACAUUUUCAGGAGUCUGAAAGUAGUCACGAGUAUGAGCAGAUCUGAACGUGCUUCUCGAAUUUUAUGAAAAGAAUACUGCCCCCUAUGUCGUGGGAAGCUGUAAACAUAUUUCUGCUCCCGUAGCAUGGCUCUGAAUGCGUCAGUCUUUCGGCGUUCCGCUGUAGGAAUCUUUACUUAGAUUGAUGAUGAUGAUGAUUUGUUUAUUUAUUUAAAGUUUAAAAAGAAUAAAAAGGUAAACAAACGUGAAAAACGUACCAGCAAAGUCAGUGUUCCAUUCAAUUCUUUUGUCUAUGUAUUUUUUAUAUGUUUGAGAGAAUAAAUGAAUGAUCUAGUUAAAUCCAUGAAUACACGUAAAAUACAACUAAAACUUGACUGCGAGACUUGAGUUUUUUUACAGGAUUUUUUGAUGGCAUUUAGAUUUACUUACGUUCACUUUCAUUCAAAGCUUCAUGCAUACAGUUUACCAUCUCCUGUAACUCUUCCGUUGAUGACGCCAGUAUAACCUGAUCGUCGGCAUAGAGCAGUCAUUUGACGAGUAACUCAUUCAUCCUUAAUCCACUUUCAGAGUCUUUCAAAUCUGUCAAACAACUAUCCAUUAAUGGAUUGAACAGCCCAGUGAACUUCGUACACCCGUAGUUUUACUCGUAUUGAAGAUUACCUUUUUGAUUGAUGAAUGAUUAAUUAAUGUAUCCACAGCCAUAGGAUAUAUAAAAUUUCUGUGAUUAUUUUCAAGUCUCAGUCUAAACUACCCACUUCGCAAUAUUAAGGUCU